UGAUACCCCGCGCCAGUCCAACUAAAACCAACAGCUCCCAGAUGCCCUCAUCGGAACCGCUCACCUUGCCGGUGCCAUCAUCUGAGCCGACCUGCUACACUAGUAGCCAAUGGCUCGUCAUCUCAGGUUCACCCAUCUUCUGGCCAACCUCCACUGACUACCUCUAUGGCCCAACUGCUGGGCCUGGUGCGUCCGAUGUGAUCUGCGCAGCGCAAUGGAUCCAAUAUGCCGCUCGGUCAGACGGAGUUUCAGGUUUAGGUGCAACGGCCACUUCUACUGUGACUGAAUUGAUCCCCACUAGCACUGGCGCCUGCACUACGCGCACCCACCUAGAGGGCUACGACGAUACACAUAUUGGGCCGGUGACAACCCUAUGCGACGGGUAUCCUCGCGCCCUCGGCCCACGAGAAACUGCAACGAGUUAUUAUCCCGGAGUUGGACCAUGUCAUACGCUCAGCCUUCCACAAACCAUAACUACCAUGUUGUAUAGAGAGCCAUCGGCCUCGCCAACAUGUUCACCUCAGUUCGAAGGUUGCCUCGGAGUCUGGCAGACAUACAGGUCUCUAUCAAGUGAAUACGAAGCAUCCGUGACGUCCUAUAUUCCAGGCGACACCAACAGUCCCAUAGCACCUAAUAACUGCCCAGAUACUGUAACAGAUCGCCCUGAAGAUAACCCCUGCACACAAUGCCAUUUCCUCCCAGGCACAGCAACAAUGUACUACUGGCCCGUGAUAACUGCAAACGGCGACCUUUGCGCGCAGGACGGAACCACAAUCCCCGCUACACCAACGGGCGAAGGUCCCAACACUGCCAUCCUGGAUGAUCACACUCUUGUCUCGCCUAGUGUCUAUAUUUCCUUCACCUCCAUCUAUGCCUGGAGCAACCGCCGCUUCGGCCACCAGUGUGGCCUAAACCACUACAAUAAGAUGAUCUCAGUCCAUCCGACGGCCAUCACCUCCCGCCGUGGACAUCGCAACGCGCGCUACCCCAUCUAUGGAACUGCGUACCCGUUCAAUUUUGCUGAGUUUCUUCCCCAGACUACAGGCAACUACACCCAGUCAUUAAUCCCUUGGCCUCAGUAUCGCGGUGGCUCACAGUGCCCUAUCUACGAUCCUUCUUGUACGAUGGUUCGUGACGACUACGUGCCAUUUAUUAAUAUGCCGGAUGAGGUGACGAAGAUUGAUGCUGACUGGGAGAACUGUAAUCGGAGUUGGUAUAUUCCGGCUGUUACUUUGGUGCCCAUUAUUGACGGGACUGCUAUUGCCCCUACACCCACUGGAGAGCCGGAGGCGGUGCCAACUGAAGCGUUUGCCGCCCCGCAGGGGUUAGUGGCUGCACCGACGCCAAAGCCGACGCCAACUCCGGCGUGGUGAGGAAUUCUUAUAUAAAGUGAGAUGUGGUUGUGUGCUUGGUACGAAAGUUUGAGUAGCUUGAAGUAACAACUAAGACCUAGCGUAUAUGACAUCCACCGCUAAGGGGGCUAUAGGCCUCCAUAGCGGUUCCUAAGGCCUCAUUGGGCCUUG